AUGGCGGCAACGAGAACCAUGGCUACAAUAUGGCACAAGGCGUGCAGUGCACAUGGGAUUCUCACACUCAGCUCACAUUUCGUUCAGUUGGCGAUUUUGAUGAUGCUGCUCUUGGGCAUGACAAAGGCCGACUGCGAAUGCGGCUAUGCCAGCCCAGUGUCAAGGGAGAAUGGCGAUGUUUUAUUCACAGAUCUGCUCGAGACGGACUUUGCGCACCUCACGCACUUGGCAGACAACACCGACUGGCUGGGCCAGACAUGGAACAAGUCGAGCGAGAGUGCUCGAGGCCAGUUUGGGGAGGUGUUCUCAAAAGACAACAUCGUGCCCAAUCCCGCGCGCAGCAGUCGCGUGAUUCGGGUUGAUACUGGCGUCAACGGACAGCCAGCCGGUCUGGAUCUCAUCGUCAGGAGCAAGUUGGUUGAUGACAUGGUUCCGAGUGCGGAGCUCGACUCUGCGAGGAGCGAUAUUCUCUGGGGCUCCUUUCGCGCUGGCCUCAAGCUCACGGGAGACCCGGGCACAUGUGCAGCUUUCUUCUGGUACUACAAUGAUACGCAAGAAAUCGAUAUGGAGUUCCUCUCCCAGGAGUUUGAUGCCUCAAAAAACAUCUUUCCCAUCAACCUAGUCCUGCAGUCCCGCGCGGCUCUCGAGGCGGGCUACAACGCGCAGGCGACGGGCAACUUCAAGAAGAUCAACCUCCCCUUCGACCCGACGCGGGGUUUUCACGAGUACCGCAUGGACUUUUUACCUAGACGGGUCAUCUUCUACGUCGACGGGCAGGCGCUCGCUGAGAUGACGGGCGACGCGGUCCCCGACCACCCGGGCCACCUGAUCCUGCAGCACUGGAGCAACGGCAACGCGCUGUGGAGCGGGGGCCCGCCGCCGCGCGACGCCGUGCUCACCGUCGCCUACGUCAGAGCCUACUUCAACUCGUCGAAUGAGGCCAGGAAGCAGGACUGGGAGAAAAGGUGCCACGAUGCGGCCGCCCCGGGGGCAGUCUGCCAGAUCCCAGAGAGAGUGAGCGUCGCGAACCCGUCCCUGUUCAGCACCGCGGCUAACAUGACAAACAACCAGACGGUGUCGACGGGUGGGCUUGAGGCGUCAAAAUCCCUGGCUGCUGGCGCGAACGCUGUAUCAUGGUUGUUUGUGGCUGCGGCGCUGCUCUUCACGGGUUUCUGUUCCGAGCUCUGGUGA